AUGGGAGGUGGAUAUCAAAAGAGAAAUACUACGGGUACUGCCAACCAAAUGAUGGGACAAGGUCGUGGUGGUAGAUCCGGAUCCGGUGGUUAUAGAAGAAAUACAUAUAAUAACAAUAGCAAUAAUAAUAAUAAUAAUAAUAAUAAUAGCAAUAAUAAUAACUAUAAUAGCAACAAUAAUUAUAGAAAAAGUAAUAAUAAAAGUUAUUAUAAUAAAGUAAAUAGAGAUGAUGAUAAUGAUAAUACUACAACUGGUGGUGGUGGUGGUGGUCAAGUUACAUCGACCAAUAAAUUCAAGGUUAACAAACGAUGGGAUAAUGAUGAUAUCGAAGACAGUGGAGAUGAAGAUAACAAUGAAGUGAUUGAUAAUGAUAUCGAGGAUGUCAGCAGUCAUACAAAUCACACAGAUAAAGAUGAUAGAGAUCAAUUUCAACCACUUAGAACUGGUUGGUUAUUAAAUAUGAAACCAAGUUCAUCAAAAGAUAAAGAGAGUGGAGUCGAUAGAGCAAGCAUUGAGUUGUUCUUUAUUCAAGAGGAUGCAACCUCCUUUAGAGCAUGGGUAAUCUACAAUCCCUAUUUCUACAUCUACGUCAAGGACAACCAUCACACCGAGGUGGAAACCUACCUGAAACGUCAAUACGAGAAUAAGAUUGCUGGAAUAGAUUUAAUUGAUAAAGAAGAUUUAGAUUUGGAAAAUCAUUUAAGUGGAAUCAAAAAGAAAUAUUUAAAGAUAAGGUUCCAUAAUGUACAAACUCUACUGGAAAUUCGUAGUGAUAUACUGCCGUUGGUGAAGCGUAACAAACUGAGACAAUCGACAACCGAAGCCUAUGAGGAUCCGUUCGCUGCUUACUCGGUGGUGUCCCGCUCCGAUAGGAAGUCGGCGCACUCCAAACAAGCUACAGAGUAUAUAUUGGAUAUCAGAGAGUACGAUGUCACCUACUACCAGCGUGCUGCCAUCGAUCUGGAGAUUCGUGUCGGUCUGUGGUACGAGGUGAAGCGCGAUUCUCCCACCGCGCCAACGACGGUGCGCCACUUGCUCGAGCGUGAAGAGCGUCCCGAUCCAAAGGUGCUGGCGUUUGACAUUGAAACCACGCAUUUGCCACAGAAGUUUCCGGAUCCAGAGAUCGAUUCGAUUAUGAUGAUUUCCUAUAUGUUGGAUCGCCAGGGUUUUCUCAUUGUCAAUCGUGAGAUUGUCGCUGCGGAUAUCGACGACUUUGAGUACACCCCCAAGCCAGAGUACGAAGGACCGUUCACCGUUUUCAAUGAGCCAGACGAGCGCGCCACUCUUGAGCGUUUCUUCUCUCACAUUCGUGAGUUGCGUCCGCACAUAUUUGUCACUUAUCACGGUGACGGUUUCGAUUGGCCGUUUGUAGACGCGCGUACCAAACACCAUGGAAUGGAUCUGUACCGCGAGAUUGGCUUUAGAAAGACGGUGGACGAAGACUAUCGUGGUCAGACCGCUGUACAUAUGGACGCAUUCUGCUGGGUGAAGCGUGACUCCUAUCUGCCACACGGAAGUCACCGUCUGAAGGAAGUCGUUCGUAAGAAGCUGCGUUACAAUCCGCUGGAGUUGGAUCCCGAGGAGAUGGUCCGGUCGGCACGUGAAGAUCCCGAGCGUCUCGCCAACUACUCAGUGUCUGACGCUGUCGCCACCUACUACCUGUACAUGUCGUAUAUCCAUCCCUUCAUUUUCUCACUCUGUAACAUCAUUCCGCUGAAUCCCGACGAUGUGCUGCGUAAGGGUUCCGGUUCGCUGUGUGAAGCGCUACUCAUGACUCAGGCAUUCCGUGCCAAUGUCAUCUUCCCAAACAAACACAUCGACGAGCAACGUAAGAUCUACAAAGGCCACUUGGUAGAAUCGGAAACCUACGUCGGUGGACACGUCGAGUGUCUUGAGUCUGGUAUUUUCCGUUCUGAUAUUCCCACGCACUUCUCGCUGGAUGCCGAAGCGAUUCAGACUCACAUCGAUGCCGUCGACAAUAUCAUUCAGCAGGCGAUGAAAGAGACCGGUGUCAGCGAUGAUGAUCUCACCAACUUCCAGCAGAUCAAAGACGAUAUUGUUGCGCGUCUCACAGGACUGAGAGAGAAUCCGAAACAACAGAGCAAACCGUUGAUCUACCAUUUGGACGUAAGUGCUAUGUAUCCAAACAUUAUCUUGACCAACAGACUUCAGCCAACUUCGAUUGUCACCGACGAGUUUUGUGCAACCUGUGACUUUAACAAACCAGAGAGCAACUGUCAACGUACAUUGAAUUGGGAGUGGAGAGGUGACUAUUCACCCUCCAACUUCUCAGAGUAUCGUUUAAUUCUUCAACAGCUCGAAUCUGAAAGAUUUGGACCAGAAGAAAAACCAUUCUCAGAACACACAGAAGAGGAACAAAAUAUAAUGUUAAGAAAAAGAUUAAAAGAAUAUUCAAAGAAAGUAUAUAAGAAAACUCAUAUUAUUUCAAAUGAAAUUAAAUCGGAUACAGUUUGUAUGAGAGAGAAUUCAUUCUAUGUCGAUACUGUAAAGUUGUUCCGUGAUAGAAGAUAUGUAUAUAAGGAUCUACAUGGUCAGUGGAAAGGACAUUUGGAUUCUGCACAGAAAGGGUCGAGCUCACACGAUCUCGGAAAGUGUCAGAAUAUGGUUAUUAUGUACGAAUCUAUGCAGUUGGCACACAAGUGUAUUCUCAACUCUUUCUAUGGUUAUGUAAUGAGAAAGGGAUCUCGUUGGUACUCUAUGCAGAUGGCCGGUAUCGUAACUCACACCGGUAGUAACAUCAUCAAGAAUGCACGUAUCGCUGUGGAGCAACUCGGUCGUCCUCUCGAGCUGGACACCGACGGUAUCUGGUGUAUACUGCCAGAGUCGUUCCCCGAGGAAUACUCGCUCAAGCUAAAGAAUGGCAAGAGUAAAAAGUUUAACUUUCUCAAUGCGCUGUUGAAUGCGCGUGUUGCCGAACUCUAUACCAACCACCAAUACCAAGAGCUGGGUCCGAACGGUGAGUAUAUCACUCGUAGUGAGUGUUCGAUUCAGUUUGAAUCGGACGGUCCUUACGGAUGUAUGUUUAUUCCCACGGGUAAGGAGAAGGAUGUCAAGCUGAAAAAGCGUUAUGCCGUCUUCAAUAAGCAGGGAGGUGUCCAAGAGUUGAAGGGUUUCGAGAUUAAGCGUCGUGGUGAGUUGGAGCUCAUCAAGACGUUCCAAACAGAGUUGUUCCAGUGUUUCUUGCAAGGAAAUACACUGGAAACUUGUUACCACGCGAUUGCCGCCGUUGCCAACCACUGGCUGGAUGUACUGGAUUCUCAUGCCGAUGGCUACGAUGAGAAGGAGUUGAUUCGUCUCAUCACAGAGUCGUCCAAGAUGAGCAAGAAGCUCGAGGAGUACGACCGACAAAAGAGUACUGCCAUCGGAACGGCUUUCAAGUUGAAGGAGUUCCUCGGUCCUGAGAUUGUUAAGGAUGCCGGUCUGCAGUGCCAGUAUAUCAUUGCCAACAAGCCUGCUGGUGCGCCAGUCACAGAGCGUACCAUCCCCACUGAGAUCUUUGCCGCCGAUGAAGAGGUCAGAGUGAUGUUCCUGCGAAAGUGGACCAAGGGAAAAGAUGUUGGUUUGCGUGACAUUAUCGAUUGGGACUACUACAGACAACGUCUUUCCGGUGUCAUUCAAAAGAUGAUUACACUUCCCGCCGCACUCCAGAACGUUGAGAAUCCAGUGCCACGUGUACUCCACCCCGAUUGGAUCUUGAAGGAGUUGAAGCGCCAGAAUGACUCGAGACAACAGACACAGAUCACCAGUUUCUUCAACAAGGUUGACAAGGCACAACACAUGGAUGACAUCGAGGAUAUGUUCAAGGACAAAUUCCAAGAUGCCGCAUCUAAACCGCCAAUGUUUACAAAGCACAAACGAACUGGCGCCACCACCGCCUCUGACCUGGCGGCCAACAAGAAGAAGCGUCACCAAGAGGAGCAACUUAUUGGUGAGUGUCCCAAGUAUGAAGUUGACUUUGACGGUUGGUUAAAACACAAAAAAGUACACUGGCGAAAGUUGCGUUCGAGAAUCAAAGCGAAAAAAACUGGAAAGGAAGUGGAUUUCGAUGAGCUCAAGACCGUUCAAUCCAACAGUGCCAAAUCUUUCAACGGUUUCUUCACCUCUCAGAAUGAAGCGGUACGUAAAGGAGUAUGGCAUAUCAUAUCGAUCGAUCCAACCAAUCAUCCUGGAUUCUAUACUUUCUGGUCGUUGAUAGGUGAUCAGCUCAUCCCAAUCAAGGUGGAACUACAACGUCAUUUCUACUUGAACAGCUUCCAGCGCGACCCAUACGAUGGUGCCAAUCCGGUGGUUUCCAACGCCGUUCCUCCACGUUCGAAACCACGUCUGCAUCUCACACAACACUCAAUGUCAGAGGAUGAAUUCAUCAAAAACUCCAAAGAGUUAUCGACACUCUUUACACUGCCACAAAUCGAAGGUGUCUACGAGACACAGACUCCACUCGACAUCUCUGCGAUUGUCCAGAUCGGUUGCAUGGCUAGUUUGCGUCGUAACGCCAAACCAAAUGCCAAUGGUAGAUAUCCACUUGACAGCAUUCAAUCGCGUGGAUCUGAUCGAUCCUCUAGCUAUAUGUCGGAGGCCAACUUCCAUCAGAUCUAUCUCUAUCACAACAGUAAGGAUGGAAAAGAUGGUAUUUUCGCGGUGAUCAACUUCCACAGCAAGCAAGGUACAAUCAUUUUUGUUAAUCCAUAUCAAUCGCACUCGAUUAGCAAGAAACUUCUCAACUCACUCGGUGAGAAGUAUCCUUCGAUUACCUUUAACUUUAAGAUUGACACAUCGAUGGAGAAUGGUAGACGUUCCGUCAACAAGAUGCUCGAGGAAUAUCAAUCCGAGCGUAAGGGUGCCACUAUUUUGGUGACUCAGGUUGUAAAUAUCGUCGAGAUGUAUCAUGACAUCCCAUUGCUUCGUGAAUUCGCCAAAGUUCAAAUGAUUUCUCACGAAUAUGACUCACAGUAUUCACCAUUCAAUUGGGAGGUUCAUGCACUCAAACCACUCUUGACACGUAUUGGCGAAGUCGACAACUACAUCAAAUACUUUACUGGACUGGCGCGUUACGCUAAUAUUCCAAUCGGUAAUCUCAAGGGUGACUAUGCCUCGUUUGUCUCUGAUGUCUGUUACUCUAGAAUGCUGAAGGAGUCGAAUCAUCUCCUGUGGAUGUCUCUCUCCAAUUGUCCAGACCUCGGUGGUUCCGAAGAGGACGACGCCAAAUUCCAUGAGGAACUCGGCAAGACUGAGAUUAACCAACCGGGUUGCUACAACAGCGCCUGUUUCGAGUUGAAUAUCGGUGGUUUGGCUGUCAAUACAAUUCUAGAGUCAUCGCAUCUCGCAGAUAUCGAGGGAAUCAUCGGUGGACAACUGAACAACGGUGACAGUGAAACACUGAACUUUGACAACUCUGUCGACAAGCAGCCAAACUACGAAAAGAUCGUUAAAACCUCUGCAGCAAUGGAGCAGUUUAACAGCUGCGACAAAGAGUUUAACAUUCUCAGAAAGAUGGUGACUCGUUGGUCGCUCGACUUGGUCAUGGGAAAUCGCAGAAACAACCCGACUCCCGAUCUGCUGUUGACUCAUUUCUACCGGUGGAUAAGUUCGCCCUACAGUGGAAUGUACGAUCCCAUCAUUCAUCGUACUCUUCACGGACUAAUGAAAAAGGUAUUCCUACAGUUGAUUUUCGAAUUCAAGAAACUCGGUUGCAAGGUGAUCUACGGUAAUUUCAACCGUAUCAUCCUGUGCUCCCAGAAGACAUCGAUCGAAGAUGCCAAGCAAUAUUGUAGCUAUAUCAUCACUGUCAUCAAGAAGAAAGAGCUAUUCUCUUGGAUCACAAUCAAACCUACAAAGUUUUGGAAUAAUCUGCUGUGGAUGGACGUCUCCAACUUUGGUGGAGUAUACCAACAACCACCCAGCCAAGAUCAAAACAACAAAGUAUCGCCAGACACAACCAGUAACCAAACCACCGAUCUCAUUUCACAUUGGAAUCUAUCUGAGUUCCUGCCACCAUCCAUUCAAAACUCAUUCCUCUUGGUCAUCUCUGAUUUCAUCCACAAACUCUACAUUCACAAUGAGAAACAGAGAAUUCAAAAUAUUCUUCAACCAAAAACAACACCCAUCAACAACAACAACAACAAUGAUAAUAAUAAUGAUAAUGAUAAACAAGAUGAAGAUGAAAACAACAAUAACAAUAAUAAUAAUAAUGCUGACAAGAAUAUUCUUAGAAACAGUAAUUCCAAUUGGAAUGAAGACGAUGAAGAAGAGGAAGACAAGUUGCUGCCUUAUAAAUUCAAUUCGGUUGUAGACAACAAUAGAAUCGUACAAAUUCUUCAAGGUUUAAAGUAUUCAGAGAAUACCGAUGAGUUUCCAACGCUCCCAGGCAGUCACUUGCACUUUACCAAUCCGGCACUAGAGUUUGUAAAGUCGGUCUGUCACGUAUUGAUGUUGGAUCAAUCACUUCAUAACCAAGUGCAACGUCUCCGUAAGAACUUGAUGCGUAUCAUCAAUAUCCGUGAGUUCUCAGAGGAAGCGGUUUUCAAAGAUCCAUGUCUGUCGUAUGUGAUGUCCGAUGUCAUUUGCUCCUACUGCUAUUCGUGUCGUGACAUUGAUCUUUUGCGUGACAACGCAACCAACAACAAGCUCGUCUGCGCACAAUGCGGUAACAACUACAACAAAGGUCAAAUCGAAAGUGUCCUCGUUGAAACUGUGCAGCGUCGAUCACUCUCAUAUCAUCUUCAGGAUUUGAAAUGCUCGAAAUGUGCUCAAAUCAAGAUUGACAAUCUCAGUGACAUUUGUCAUACCUGUUCAGGUCAAUACCAAUGUAGAGAACCAAGCUCAACCUUACAAAAAGAAUUAAUUAUUUUUGGUAAUAUCGCCAAGUUCUACGAAUUCGUUUGGCUACAAGAGAUUGUAGAAGGAUUAGUUAAAUGGUCAUAA